CAUGCGCCCCGAUUCAACACACAGGAAAUGAGGAAGUAAUGACGACGGUGUAGUCAUAUAAAUGGAGAACCUAUUGUGUUUUCAGACAUUAGUCCAUCACAAGCAAUUCGUCAAUGACUGGAGUUACAGUACCAUCAGGCUUGGUGGCGCAAAGUCACCUGGACCAUAUGUGCGCUCUUGAUGUAACUACCCCAGCAUCACCUGUACGUUUGUCCGGCAUUGUUUGUACAACUGGUCCAACCGCGAAGAAGGUCGAAACAUUGGAGCAAAUGAUCGAGGCAGGCAUGACUAUUGCCCGAAUGAAUUUCUCUCAUGCAACGCACGAGUCUCAUGGUGAAAUAAUUGCCAACGUGAGAACUGCACAAAGAAAUCUAGCAAGAAAAAAGGGACUUGACAUUCCAGUGGCCAUUGCUCUCGAUACGAAAGGUCCCGAAAUUCGUACCGGUCUCCUCCAAGGUGGAUUAAAAGUUGAUCUGGCAAAGGGACAGGACUUUAAACUAACCACCGAUAAGGGAUACCAGGAGAGGGGAAAUAAUCAAAUGGUUUAUAUCGAUUAUGAAAAUAUCUCAAAGGUGCUGAAACCAGGAAAUCGGGUCUUUGUUGAUGACGGAUUAAUUUCAUUGAUUGUUAAAGAAGUCGCCACUACUGAAAUUAUGACAACUGUCGAGAACGGUGGAACACUUGGCUCCCGUAAGGGCGUUAAUCUGCCGGGUGUUUAUGUCGAUUUGCCCGCGGUUUCCGAAAAGGACAGAUCAGAUUUAACAUUCGGCGUUGAUCAUGAGGUGGACAUAAUUUUCGCCUCAUUCAUUCGUAAUGCUGCGGCUGUUGCUGAGAUUCGUAGUAUUCUCGGCACCAAGGGAAGACAUAUUAAAAUCAUAUCGAAAGUUGAAAAUCAUCAGGGAAUGAGAAAUCUCGAUGAGAUCAUUGAGGCAUCCGACGGUAUUAUGGUAGCACGCGGUGAUCUUGGAAUUGAAAUUCCUCCGGAGAAGGUGUUCCUGGCUCAGAAGACGAUGAUCAGUAGGUGUAACAAGGCAGGAAAGCCAGUAAUCUGUGCAACUCAAAUGCUUGAGUCGAUGACGAAGAAGCCAAGACCAACCAGAGCCGAAGUAUCGGAUGUUGCCAAUGCUAUUCUCGAUGGAGCCGACUGUGUUAUGCUGUCAGGAGAAACUGCGGUAGGAGAUUAUGUUUUGGAAUGUGUUCGUACAAUGUCAAAUAUCUGCAAGGAGGCUGAGGCUGUAAUUUGGCACAAGCAACUUUUCAUUGAUCUGACGAGUAAAGUUCUUCCGCCAAUCGAUCCAUCGCACUCGACAGCAAUUGCGUCCGUUGAAGCAGCACACAAAUGUCUGGCAAGUGCUAUUAUUGUUCUCACAACUUCCGGAAGAACUGCACAUCUUAUUUCCAAGUAUCGACCACGUUGUCCGAUUAUUGCUGUGACUAGGUAUCUAUCGAUUGCAAAACAGGCACAUCUUUAUCGGGGAAUUUUCCCUCUUCAUUACACAAACUUGCUAAAAGACGUGGAUGCCUAUACACAAUUUGGUCUUGAAUUUGGAAAGAGUCGAGGAUUUGUACAAACUGGAAAUUCUGUUGUAGUGGUCAAUGGAUGGAAACGGGGUCCUAGUUUCAGGAAUACUAUCCACAUUGUGUCUGUUGACUAAAUUUACACCAUCGAUGUAGGUGUAGAAGACGAAAGGGUUGCUGUUAAUUGAGAAGAAACAUAAUCGGCAGCCAUAUUAAAUAAUUUUAAAGAGUGUGCAUAUAUUUGAACCUAAUAGCUAUAAUCUUAUUCAACCUUAUUCAACUUUACCCAGCAGUCGAAGUUAUAGAUAAAACUAAUAACAAAUGUUUAGAAUUUAAAAAUAUACGAAAAUUAUGAAUUUU